UUGUUUUUGCUUGUGCUUGCCAACAACUUAAUCGAUACUCAAAUAUUAAACUAAAUUCUAAAAUUUGCAUGUUUUAAGUAAAAUAACAGUUUAUUUGUAAAUUUGUUUUGAAAUUUGUAUUUCAAUUGUAAACUGACAAUUUCAUUAACUUAUUUAUUUAAAUUUGUAUAAAAUUUUGUAUUUACUUUAAAUUUGUUAUUCCAUACAUUCGCCAAAUGAUUGAAGACCAGCGUAAACGCAUUGAAAAAGCUGUUACCGAAAUGAUACACGAUAUGUAUAAAAGCCACUUGAGAAAAAUGCAAUCCAACAUGCAUUUAUGUGCGGUCAAUUGUUGCGAUGAUCUCGGUCAUCGUCCCACCUUAGAAAAUGUACAAUCGUGUAUAGAGGACUGUGCUGCACCCUUGCUGAGAGCCCAAGACUAUAUACAACAUGAAUUGGGGCUUUUUCAGUCAAAUCUUCAAAAUUGUGUAAUGCAAUGCGACGAUAAUGUUCGUAGCGAUAUACCGAUGAACACACACGAAUCGGAUAUUUCAAAAUAUCGUUAUCAAUAUGAAUGCUGUACAAUGAAAUGUGUAGAUAAAUAUAUUGGUCUGAUACCAAGUAUGAUGCGUUCGAUUAAAACAGUUUUGGCUAACGGGCCUAACGAUAUUAAACAAGCUUGAUUAUAAUAUGAAUGUAAAUAAAAUUAUAGUGUUUGUUGAAAGAUCAUCUAUUCAAAAAUGAAUGAUUAUCUAUUAUCUAUUCAAAAAUUGGAAUUUUUAGAGUGAAAAGAUAAACAACAAAAAAUUAUAGAUAAACUAGCUAUACCCAGUGUGCCUUGCUACCCUAAAAGCAAAAUAAAAAAACACUUAAUAAUUUUGAAGAUUUUUACUGUAAUGUUAGAUUCUAACUGUAAAUGUAGCUGUAGCGGUGUCAGGCGAUCAUUUCGAAACCAUAUCUCAAAGGCUAGAACAAGCACUAAAGAUUAUCAGAUCGUGGAGUGUCGAAUGUGGUCUUAGUGUAAAUCCUAGUAAAACGAAACUUGUGCUGUUCUGCGGUAAAUAAAAUAUUCCUAUAUUUCUUCUUUCGAACCUAAACGGCGAAGUAUUAAAACUCUCGGACAGCGCUAAAUAUCUCUGCGUUAUCCUUGAUAGGAAGUUAUCUUAGAGAACAAACGUACUUUCUAGGACAUAUAAAGUCAUUACGGCACUUGCCUAUGUCAACUGCAGGCAGAUUGAGUGUAACUGGGAAGUGGAAACAA